GGUGAACAGAAGAUGAACGAUGAAGAUGAAUGAAACAGCUACCAUUUUUUCGUCGCCUGAAUCUCACAUUUGCUCCUUUGAAAAACAGUUCUUUGGAGGAAGCUUUUUGCCUUACGUUGAUACUUAUUCAGAAACAAUUCUUUUUUUGGCCGUCUUGGCAGCCAUCUUAGCUCCUUUAAACACUCUUUCAAAUCUUCUCGUCCUGACUGCGAUAAUUCGAACCUCGGCGCUCCGUAAAAGUACACCAAAUAUUUUCAUUUCUUCACUGGCAUUUGCGGAUUUUCUCGUAGGGAUACUCUAUCUUCCCCUAUAUGCUGCCUGGUCAACAACGCCAUGGUUCGUCCAGGACUGCAUGUUAUACCAGGUGAAAUGCUUCAUGGGAUGGCUAGUCGAGACGGCGUCUUUUAACAUCAUUUUAACGAUUUGCUAUGAGAGGUACAUAGCGUUGUUCUACUCUCUCAGAUAUUUGUCGAUUUUGUCCACCGAAAAGAUCCUCUUUUGCUUAGUUUAUCCUUGGUUCAUAGCUUUAACAGCGGCUCUCCUAUUCCUUCUAAGUUUCGCAAAUUUAGUCUUGACGUGUGGAGUUGUCUGUAUCGGUGUUGGAACGGUAAUCAUAUUCUUCACGUAUUUUAGAAUCUUCAAGCUCGUUCGUCGUCACCAACACCAGAUACAUGCUCAAACGAUUGGCGACAGCAAUAACGCGAGACAGAGAAAACUAGCUGUUACAAUGGCUUAUGUGAUCGGGGUCUCUUUGGUAUGUUAUUUACCUUACCUAUCGGGAGCACUUUCUUACGUUCUUUAUGAUGGCUUCACACCACAAACAAUUUGUCUUUUCCAGUUUGGUGAAGUCCUUUUCGCUGCGAGCUCUUUCAUCAAUCCAUUUAUUUACUGUGUUAGGAACGAAGAAAUUAAGAUUGCUGUGCUUGGAGUCUUACGGGAUAUCACCUGUAAAUAGAAUAUUUGCAUGCCAUGGCGUCAUUGACCUCUACCACCAGACUCCCUUGCACACAUUCUUUUGUUCAGUCAAUUAGCUAACCACAUGAGGGAACACAAAUUAGAAUAAGAAAGAAAAUUUGCGAAGCAUUAUGGUAGUGGAAAUCAACCUCCUAUUCAAAUGCAGUGUAAAAGAAGUUGUACUGAAAAUUAGUUAGUUGUGCAGCCCAAUAGACUUUUUUUUAGCUUGGGCRUAAUGUUUUUCCAUUUCAGGUAAGGUGACCCUGAUCUGCAAAGUGUUCUUUUAUUCCCUAGGAACACCAAAAACAAAGAGUUAGGAUACGGUAGGGUGGUCCUUGUGCUAGAGACAAGCAUUUUGUUUUCCUUCCCAAAAGGACACCAGUACCUAAAAAGUUGGCCCUAGCAGUAUUGUCAUCCUGCCCGGCUUCAUGUGAAAGGCCCAUUCUUAGUCACUUAAAUUGAAAUUGAAAUUUAAUAAAAAUGGGGAGUCGUGGUAUGUCAAGCCAGACUAAAAUUCAGACAGAUUUUCAUUUCCAAACUACAU